AUGGGAAACGACGGAGGCUCAAUUCCAAAACGUAUUGAACUUGUAAAAGAAAAAAAGAAGAAAGUUAAACCUGAUCAAAACGCAUUAACCAUAGCAACAUGGUUCUUUUGUGCAUUAUCAAAGCGCGCUUUAAGAGAGCCGAUCGUCGCGUGUGGUCUAGGAAAGCUGUAUAACAAGGAUGCGAUAAUAGAGUUUUUGCUUAAUAAAAGUGCGUAUGGUGAUGGUGACAUCAUUUGUUCGCAUAUCGCUAGCAUGAAGGAUGUCACAACGUUAAAUCUCACACUUAAUCCUGCUUUCAAAGAAACUUCGAAUGCAAAUACGGCCCAUUUUGAACCUGGAAUAGUGUCGCGAUUCAUUUGCCCAAUCACCAGGAAAGAGAUGAAUGGUAAAUUGAAAUUCGUAUAUAUUGAGAAAUGUGGUUGUGUUUUCUCAGAACAGGGAUUAAAGGAAGUACCCAGUUCUAAUUGUAUACAGGCAACAACAUCCACUGAUGAACAAGUGAUAAAGUGUGAAUCUUCAAAUGCAUCUUCUACGUUGACUGAUACAGUUAAAUCUCCGGAAAAUAACCAAGCCACUCGUGUUAGUAAUCAUAAACGCAAACUUUCUGAUGAGGAUGUUUCUGAGCCAGGAAAUUUAAAGAGAGUAGCCGUUGAAAAACCAAAGUCUAAUACUAUUACUGCCGCUAGUAUGGCUGGUGGAAGUUCAUCUGGAUCCUCUGCUGCCGCUGCAGUCAAUAAGAAAGUAAAGGAACAACUGGCAAAUUCACAGACAAAAUCAAAACAAUCUAAAGCCAUUCAAUCGAUUUAUUCAAAGAAAAGUGAUAGUAACGUGUCAGAUAGUUAUUUGGUCAGAGGAACGUUUAAUCGGUAUGCUGCAUAA